UGAGAAAGAGUGAAAGAGAGAGAGGAGAGCGAAGGAAGGCAGACGUCCGAGCGUGGAACAGGUUCUCCCUGGCACUAACUCAGCAGACAUGUCCAACUUUGCCGGCACCUGGAAGAUGAAGAGGAGUGACAAUUUUGACGAACUUCUCAAAGCUUUGGGCGUGAACGCCAUGCUGAGGAAGGUAGCGGUGGCGGCGGCCUCCAGUCCCCACGUGGAGAUCCGGCAGGACGGCGAGCAGUUCUACAUCAAGACGUCCACCAGCGUGCGGACCACAGAGAUCAACUUCCACAUCGGGGAGGAGUUUGACGAGGAGACGGUGGACGGGCGAAAGUGCAAGAGUCUCGCCACCUGGGAGUCGGAGAACAAGAUCUACUGCAAGCAGACUCUGGUGGACGGGGAGGGACCAAAAACCUUCUGGACCCGCCAACUGAACGGCGACGAGCUAACGCUGAUUUUCGGGGCAGACGACGUGGUGUGCACUCGCAUUUACGUGCGGGAAUGACACCGCCAGACCGGGUUGGCACAUCUGGGACCAUAAAUUGCUAGCUAACAUGGUAACACGUACAGUAGCUACAGUAGAGUCUCCAUACACAUGCUAGAACACGUCAGUAGUCAACUCUCUCUUCUUUAUUGCGCCAAUAUUCAACGGCAGAAACCAAUAAAACCUUGACAAAAA